AUGGGACGUGAAUUACUUAAUCUUUUGGCUAUUGAGGAAAAAUUGAUCAUAAUAGAUAAAACUUUACAACAAUUGCUAAAAGAUCACUCUUCAAGUUUUGGAGGAACAUAUAUAAAUGUUACGAAGAACCAAGUAUUUGUCAAUACUGUGAACCCUUCUGUAGUUCCUAUAAUAAAAAGUUCAUCAGAGUUAACCAAUAAUGAUUAUUUAAACUUCGUAACCUUUGUAACCGCAAGUAACUCAAUGGAUAUAUUAGCAUACCGCAUUAUUAAAAUAUAUGAGAAAAUUAAACAAUUCAAACCAAUUAAUAUUCUAUGUUAUAUUGAUAUGGAGCUUAAUAAUGUUGUAGUACGUCAUGAUCAAAAAACAAAUGAUGGAGACUUAAAUCUCAAAAUCUUUAGUGGUGAAGGUUUAAUAAAUCUUUUUAAUAAUUUAGGCUGUUCUGUGGGUUUUUGGGCAAGAGAUAAAAAAGAUGAAAAUCAGAAUUACAUUGUAACUGCUGGCCAUUGUUCUAAUAAACUAUCACGAUUGGUUGGCAGCAAAUACUUAAAAUCAAUGACAACACUUAUAAGAAAUACAGAUUCUGAAGAGCAUACUGAAUUAAUUAUUGAACGUGGUAUACAAACGGUUAGCCAUGGUGCUCAUGUAUGUAAAGCUGGUUUUAGUUCACAUGUUACUUGCGGUUAUAUAAAAGGACUUAUUACAAUUAGUACGUUUUUAGAAGGUAUACCUUUCAAGGAUUAUAUAUUUUAUGGUAAAGACGCUUUUCAAAUAUCUUGUGGGGGUGAUAGCGGG